AUGCAUCCUGAAAAAGCGCCGGGUCCGGAUGGUUUCACUGCCCUUUUUUACCAAAAGUUCUGGGACAUUGUGAAGGACGAUUUAACUCGUAUGGUUAAUGAGUUCCUUUUCGAUGGAACAAUGGCCAAUGGACUUAAUGAUGCAAAUAUAUGUCUUAUACCUAAGAAGGAGAAGCCAGAUGAGAUGUCACAAUUCAGGCCAAUAAGUCUAUGUAAUGUCAGUUACAAGAUUAUAUCCAAGGUCCUAUGCCAAAGAUUGAAAAAAGUAUUACCAGAUCGAAUAUCAGAAACCCAGUCAGCUUUUGUUGCUGGAAGACAGAUAACAGAUAAUGUCUUGAUAGCUCAGGAAAUGUUCCAUGCUCUGCGCACGAACUCUGGGGGAAGGGAGAAGCGAAUGGCGAUAAAGACUGACAUGAGUAAGGCCUACGAUAGACUGGAAUGGGAAUUUAUUAGUGCGGUCUUGAAGAAAAUGGGAUUUUCAGACACAUGGAUUGAAUGGAUAAUGCGAUGUGUAUCAUCAGUGAAAUACCAUGUCUUAUUCAAUGGUCAACCAAGAGGAAAUAUAACUCCUCAUCGAGAGAACCAAGGAAAGAUUACGGGGAUGCGCGUUUCACGUGCUAGCCCCCCGGUAUCCCACCUUCUCUUUGCUGAUGAUAGCCUUUUCUUUUGCAAGGCGGAGCCACAUGAAUGCGAUGAAGUUAUGAAAGCACUUGGGACCUAUGGAAAAGCCUCGGGACAAUGCAUUAAUUUUCAAAAAUCCUCCUUACUCUUUGGUAAAAGGAUACCUAGACAUCUCAAGGAUACUCUGAAACUAUCAACUAGAAUUACAAACAAGGGAGGAAUGGGCUCCUAUCUUGGUAUCCCUGAAGAUAUCAGUGGGUCAAAAGUAAGGCUCUUUGCCUUUCUGAAGGAACGUCUACAAAACCGUGUUAAUGGCUGGACAGGAAGAUGGCUGACAAGGGGAGGAAAGGAGGUGCUUAUAAAGUCUAUACUGCUGGCUCUACCUACGUAUGUAAUGUCGACCCUUCUUCUCCCAUUGGAGACCUGCGAGAACUUAGCUAGUGCCAUUGCACAGUUCUGGUGGAGUUCGAACCCUCCGAAGAGAGGAAUACACUGGGUUAAGUGGGAGCAAAUCUGCAAAUCAAGGGAAGAAGGAGGAAUAGGAUUCAGGAUGAUACAUGAGUUCAAUCUCGCAUUACUUGGGAAGCAAUUAUGGCGAUUAGUGCAAUUUCCGGACUCUCUAUUGGCAAGAGUAUUGAGAGGAAGAUAUUUUCGGUUUAGCUCACCAUUACGACUAAAUGAUGUUAACAAUCCCUCAUAUGGGUGGAGGAGUAUAAUGGCUGCAAAGCCAUUAAUAACGAUGGGGAUUAGACAAAAGGUACACUCUGGGAAUAAAAUCAGGAUGUGGGAAGAUCUUUGGAUCCCAACGAUACCGGCAAGACCAGCUAGGCCAAUUGCACCAGUACUUCAUCCAAUGAUGCCAGUGAGCAGUCUGAUGAUUGGGAACCCGAAGAGAUGGAAUACAGAGAUGAUAGAGAAUUAUGUCCAUCAGGAGGAUAUCCCAUUGAUUCAGUCACUGGCCAUAAGCCAAGAUUAUCAACGAGAUGGAUAUUGCUGGAGCUAUACGAGGAAUGGGAUGUACACUGUCAAAUCAGGUUACUGGGUGGCAACAAAUUUACUAAAGAAACAGUCAUUGGAGACGAAGGAACCUAGUAUCACAAAGCUCCAGGCCUUUGCUUGGAAGAUAAAAGCCCCCCCCAAAAUGAGACAUCUCAUUUGGCAGGUGGUAUCGGGCCAAUUAGCAGUAACUAGUAAUCUGACUCAUCGUCAUAUGCGAUGCGAUAAUUACUGUCCUCGAUGUGGUGCAGAUGAUGAAACUGUAAAUCACGCCAUCUUUGAGUGUCCUCCUGCAAUUCAGACAUGGGCACAUGCAUCAACCCCAACGCCGCCGACUAUAUUUCCAAGCGGAAGUCAGUUCACGAAUAUAGAUUACCUGUUCUGGAGAAAGAAUGAUAUUGUAGAACCAGAAUUGGAUAGGGACCCAUAUCCAUGGAUCAUAUGGUUUAUUUGGAAGGCGAGGAACGACAAACUCUUUAAAGGAAUUGACAGGGACCCUUUGGAAACUGUUAGACACGCUGAAUCUGAAUGCCAAGCUUGGUUUGACGCAAAUCAAAGAACGGACGAGAUGGUGGAAGAACAGAACAUAGUAGCGACCCCAAUCUCUGAGAGAUGCAUGAUAGAUGGGUCAUGGACACAUGAUGCACUCUUUAGUGGUUAUGGAUGGACAUGGGUAUCAACAUGCCAAUCUUUUGGGACUGACUGCAAGGAAUUGAUCGCGAUGACCAAAGACCCUAGAGCAUGUCCGAGCUUUUCUACUGAGCUGGAGGAGUUUAUGAAGUUGAAAGCAAGAUUCACGGAGUUCUCGAUUGUUUUUGUACCUCGUCAGGAAAACGUAUCGUCUGAUUCACUAGCUAAGAUAGCGAGAUCAUUCCAUAGGGAAUUCAAGUUUGGGUUUCGAUUCCCGGAGAAAGCGGAAUUACGCGAAUUAAUGGAAAAGCGGCUUACAAGAGAUUUGCAGCAUGUCGCAAGGAGUAUCGUCAAUGGUGGAUCCGAUAGGAUGGUUCAGGUGAUGUAG